AUCAAUUCACUGGAGCUGAACAAAAAUCCGAUUCCAAUUCCCCUGAAAAUGCCUUGAUCCCAGAAAUGCCACCGAGGUGACUCUACUGUACCUUGUUCCAACCAAAUCCAUGGACCGCGACGGUCCCAACCUUCACAUUGAGAAUGCGGCUGUUGUUGUUGGUGGUGGUGAAUGCGGCGGCGGCGGCGGAGGCGAUGGAGGUGGAGGGAGAGGGAGCAUUGCGGAGAGAAGGGCUGCAACAUGCGGCUUCAAUGCGGAGAGAAUAGGCACGCCGGUUACUCGGUCUCCUUGUCUCACUAUCUCCCCUGGUAUCAGCCCCACUGCGUUGUUGGAUUCACCAGUUUUGUUAUCUAAUUCUUCUCCGCUUUCUUCUCCUUACCUUGUUCAGAAAAAUGGGGCUGAAUACCAUCCUCCUGCUUCCCUGGAAUUAGAUUUUGAAUUUCCAAUAGAAUUCCCAAAAGGAGCCAUCCGAAGGAGCUCUGAAGUUGAAUCAGUUGCUGACGUCAGAGGUUUAAAUAAUACUGUGAGUGAUAAUUGUUGUAAUCUGGGAUUUUCUAGUCUGGCAGUGGCCAGUGGUCAAGAUGCUGGCCCGCAUAUUUUGGAUUGUGAUCAGAAAGGAACAAACCCUUCAAUGGAAAUGAUAACAACAUCUGAAGAUGGCUACAAUUGGAGAAAGUAUGGACAGAAGCAGGUAAAAGGUAGUGAAUAUCCAAGGAGCUACUAUAAAUGCACCCAUCCAAACUGUCAGGUGAAGAAGAAGGUAGAACGUUCACUUGAUGGUCAAAUAACAGAAAUUAUCUACAAGGGUGCCCAUAAUCACCCAAAGCCUCAGCCUAAUCGUCGAGCAUCACUUGGAUCCACAUUUUCACCUGACAGCAUGUCAGAAAUGGCUGGAGGCAGCCAAACUUCUGUUAAAGGUGAAGGUGGCUUGCUUUGGAGAAAUAUCCACAUAGGACUCAAGGAUAUUAAAGUUGUUUCUGAAUCUUCCAAUUGGAGAGCUGAUAAUUCAGAGAGGACAUCCCCAAUAUCUCAAGCUUCAGAUCAUUUAUUAACAAACCAAGGGAAUUCUGUUGGUUUACUUGAAUCAGCUGAAACUCCUGAAUUUUCAUCUACUCUUGCUAGCCAUAAUGAUGAUAAUGAUGAUAGAGCCAUCCUACAGGGAGGCGUGUUAUUCUUUGAUGAUCCCACUGAUGAUGACGAGUCUGAGUCAAAAAGAAGGGCUGUCCGUGAACCAAGAGUUGUUGUCCAAAUAGAAAGUGAAGUGGACAUACUUGAUGAUGGGUACCGCUGGAGGAAAUAUGGACAAAAGAUUGUCAAGGGAAAUCCUAAUCCUAGGAGCUACUACAAAUGCACAAGCCCUGGAUGUUCUGUGAGGAAGCAUGUCGAAAGAGUCUCUGACAAUUUAAAAUGUGUACUCACAACAUAUGAGGGAAAACACAAUCAUGGAGUUCCAGCUGCCAGAAACAGCUGUCACAUCAGCUUGAGUGGCAGUAGCAUGCCCAACACUCAAUCGAACCCAGUACUGCUUAGAGAUACCAGUACUUCAAAGCCAGAAACACAAAUUCCUGGUAUUGCAAAUCCCUUCAAUCAGAAGCCUGAAUUUAAUAAUGGAUACCCAAGUCCUGCUUUUCUUGGGAAUUUCAGCAAUGAGAUGAAAUGUGGAGCCUCCUCUAUUUACCAGAUGAAGUUCCCUCCCUUACAACAUGUCUCUCCUUACAGCCCUUUCGGACCAAAUUCUGGCAACAGUUCAGCCCAUUCUGCGGGUUCAGUUGUUAUGGAUUUUCCAAUUCCAUUGCCAUUGAGACUCCCACAAUCUGUAAAUUUUCCCCUGUCCAGAUUUGAUGCUAAUAAUGGAAAACCAGCUCUUCCAGCUCAAUCUUUCCUUCAAGCUCAGCAGUUAAAGGAGAAUGAUCCACAGUUCCUCAGGCCUAAACUAGAGAAAAGAGAUGAGAAUCUUUAUAAUGCUUGCUAUCCCAUCAUGGAUCAUGCAAAUGCAUCAUCAUUCUCCUCAGUCUUUCUUUCAAAAGCAGCAGUUAAAGGAGGGCAAUAUAAAGUUGCUCAGGCCAUUUCAGAAGAAGAAAGAGAUGAUGAUCAUUAUGAUGCUCGUCUAUGCCAUUACAGACCAAGCAAAUGCAUUGCAUCAUCAUCAGGUGAGGGAAUUUUCCGCUUUAGAGGAGUUCUCUUUGCUUUUGAGCAUGCACGGUAAACGGAUAUGGACUGCUUGAGUUACUCCAGAGUCAAAUGUCCCCCUCUUGAUAUACUGCUAAAUUUUUACCAUUUUUUCUACAUAUGAUCUGUUUACAUUUCCCAAUAUCUUUACAGAAAAUAAACUGAUUCCAUCAUAUAUAUGCUAAUAAAUUUUCUUACAGAUUAUAAACUGUUUUUUAUCAAUCUACAUCUGUAUGCAAGUCUACAUCCACGAUGCAUGUUUGCAUUUCUGCAAGUGUUGAUAUCUCUCUGAGCAGAAUUGUUAGCUUGUAAUUUUUGUUGUCCUUGUGAGAAUUCCUUCUCACAACAUAAAAAGAGAAAAAGAUUGCUUUCUAUGCUCUUUGGUGCCUUGUCUUUUGUCAAAGAUUAUUUAAAGUAUCAAAUUGUACAAAAAACUUUUCUUUGACUUAUGUGGAAGUAUAUUAACCCUUGUUAGUUGUUACUUUGUUGUUUUUCCUUUACUGUAAAUUGCUUAAGUGUUUGAUUUUGUUUUCUUGUCGGGGGAAUGAAGUUAAUGUGUUUAA